AUGGUCACUGCUGGGAUUGAUAAUGGAACAUCGCCACAUAAUAUUUUAAGAGCUAGAAUUGCUCUCUUGGCCACUGCUAUCGGUGGUCCCGAUUACACUUCUACCUUAGACCCUCCACCUUACAAACAAGGUGACGAUUGUUUGGCAUGUUUAAAAGAUUUGAAAAGGUGGUUUAAGCUCGUUGACGACCAGCAAAAUAGAUGGGAUGUUGCAAUGGCAGCAGCAGAAUAUAAGGUUUUCUCCAAUGAUCUGAUACCUUUAUUAAUUGAUUGGGAGACUAAGUCAUCUCUUGCAUCAAAAUUGGGAAAAAACAAUCUUAAUUCAGAUAAUGCUGCUUCAACUUCUAUCAAAAACAAAAUAUAUUUUGAUAAAAUUGCACUAAAUUGUUUACAAUUAAUGGUUUUGAUGACUUGGCCGUUAAUUAUUACAGAUCAAUCUUCAUACGAACAAGUUUCAGGUUAUUCUGAGUUGAAGAAACACCAAUUGAUGUAUAAAAAAGAUGUUCUAACAAUAGAAAAUGGUAAAGUAUUUAAGGCUGUAUUAAGACUAGCAUUCAAUGUAAUAAAAAUAGACAGGGCAAAUAGAACAGCUAGAGAUAAUACUAUAUUAAGACUAGUAUUAAGCUUUUUGAGAAAUAUUAUUGCAAUCGAGCCAGGUGAAUUAUCUAUUACAGCAAAGAAAAGGUCAGCAAAGGGUAUUGGAUCAACAGAUACUUUACCUCCGAAUGUGUCGAUGGAUGAUAUAUCAUUAAGUUCAGUUAUCAAUUGUUUCCACAGAAACAAAGUUUUUAAAUUAAUACUUACUUUAGGUAGUUCACUUUCUACAGAAUUUGAUCAAGAUUUCAUCAAUUUACCUUUGUUAGAGGUUAUGUUCUAUUUAACAAAAGACGUCAACCAAAAAAAGUUGUUUAGCAGAAAAAAGAACAGAGAAUUCCAUUCAUCUACAGAUAAUGGGACACCUUCAAAUACCCCACACUUAUCUAAUACAGGAGUCCAAUUAACAACCCUUCUAGCAAAGGAAAAACAAUUAAAGACCAACGUAAUUAAAAAUACUUCAUCGAGACAUUCCAGAUUUGGUGCAUUAUUAUCUAUCCAAACCCCAGAUAAUGGUAGAUUGACAAUAUCAGGUACUCAAGGUUUAACUAAUGACAUUGAUGCAAUGAAAAAAUUAGACAGUAGUAAAAAAUGGAACAAGAGAAUUAUGGGAGACAAAGAUGAUGUGAUCCAUGAAGGGUUACCUAGUAGUUUACUAAAUUCACAGGCAGAUGUUUCAUCAUUUGAUGAUAGUACUUUGAAAAAAUUUAAAGAUUUUAUUAAUAACUUCAUAGAUUCAAGUUUUAAUGUUCUUCUAAAAAGUGUUACAAAUCAUUUUACCACUGAACAAGAUCAAAUGGUAAGUCUUGAACAAGUCGAAUAUUUACUUUUUUUUGCUUGGUUCAUUAAGUAUCAAAUUCUAAGAUAUCAAUAUAACUUAGUUGAUAAUUUCAAUCCUAUACAAUCCGUAUUUAAAGAAACAUCAUUUAUUUUAAUGUCUUCCUUAUUAAGAACGGGUGUAGAGCAAAAAAAUUGGAUUGUUGCUCAUGCUGGCAUGAUUGCUUUUAAUCAAUUACUUUCACUAACUCAGGUAUCUGAAGACGAUGUCAAUUUUGAUGAAAUAGAAUACAUCAUAAGUAGACUUUUCAGUGAUGACAGAAUUCAAUUAUUAGCCAAUUUGCCAAGAAUUGCCGAGAAACAUUCAAUUCAGUUCAUGAAGAAUGCAAUUGAACUAACUCAUACCAUUCUUAAAACAUUACAAAACUAUGCUGGUGAUAGAUUACUGAGAAUCGAAGGAAAAAAGAGAGGUAGGAAAGCUAUGAAUGUAUCUCUCGAAGAUAUAAGAAAAUUAAUGGAGAGGGACAACGUUGGAAGAGAUGAAGCUGUAGAAAUUCUAUCUCCAGUUACAACGUCAAUAGAAAUAAAUUUUGGACGUGUACUCGGUAGAUAUAUAAACGAUAAUACUAUUAAUACUUAUCUAAAAUUUUUAGAGAGAUUUAGAGAAUUAGAAGAUGAUAGUAUUAAGAAAGUAAUAUCAUUUUUCCAUAGAAUAUUUGUUGAUUCGAAAGAUGAAGCUCUUCUAUUCAGAAUUGACUUGAUGCUACUCUUUAGAGAUAUGUUAGCAUCUAAUGGUUUACCAAGAUCAUCAUCCUCAAGGAAAUAUGUUGAUGACUUUUCAAAAUAUUAUUUAACAAGAUUGAAAAAGAAAUUAAAGGUGUCACCUGCCUGGUUUAUUGGUAUAUUAUUCCCAACUUUACAUGAUAAUGAAGUAGGUUACUAUCAAAGAUUUGGGGAGGUAAGAAGAUCAAAAGUAAAUAAUUAUGAUGGUGUAUCGGUUAGCUACUUUAAACCAAUUGAAAAUGAGAACAGAUAUACUGAGCAGGAAUUGCUAAACUUAAAAUUUGGUAUAUUGAUUUCUUCGUUAUUGGAUGAUGGCAAGAAUGAACUUGUAGAUUAUCUAAUUGAACAUUUGGCUGAAUCAAUAGAUAAAUUUAAGUUAUACGCCACAAACAAUGAUAACGGAAGUAAUCCUCCUCAUGAAUAUUUAAUCACCGAAAAUGAAAACAUUAUUGAAUCCACUGUACGAGACAAAGAUUUUAGAGCUUUGUUACAAUUAACGGGUUAUAAAAUUCCAAAUAAUCGUGAUGAGAAAUGUUAUAUACCUGGUGAUAUUGAUAUCGGAACUUUAUCUACAUUCUUAGACUAUAUCAAAUUUCAUAAAGCGACUCCAUUUGAAACACCAAAUGGAAAACCAUCUUCAACUUACCUAACAAGACCUAAUUCAAAAACAUCAGUAGAUGAAAAUGAAGAGGAAGAUGGAUGGAAUGGCAAUGAAGAAUAUGACUACACGGACGCUUCCAUUAUCAAUGACAAUGAUUAUUUCAAAGAGCUACAGGGAACGAACACCGACUUAUCAGAACGUUCACUAAGUAAAGGAAUUGCAAAAUCGAAGAAGAAGUCGAAACAAAGGAAAAGUAAAGGUAAAAAUACUAGCAAUAAUCUGCCAACAUUUGAUGUUGAUGGUAAUGAAAUUAAAACUAAAAAAAGUGGACUACAAAUAUCCAGUAAAGAGUUUAUUAGUGAUUCCGAAGAAGAUGAAGAAUUAGAUCCUGUAUUUUUUGAAAAUGAAAUGUACAUGAGAUUGUUAUUAGAUAAACACAAUGGCCAACUUCCAGAUGAUAAAUAUAAACAAUUCACAAAAUUUGCUGAAGAAAGAAUGAAUAAUAAAGGCCAUUUAAUCAAUGACUAUUCUGCAUUAUUUGAUGGUCAGGUAUUAGAUGUUAAGGAUUUAUCUACAAUCGAGUAUACUAAUUCUCAUCCUGAUUUAUCUCUAAAAUCUCGUACUGAACAGAUCACACAGCAAUUAAAUGAAGAUGAUUCAUCUCAAGAGACAAAAAAUACUGCUGGUAUUUUACCUGAGACGGAGAUAAUUCAAGAUUCAGAUGCAGAAUUAGAUAUACCAUUUACUAAUAAUGAUACAGAUCUAUCUGAUGACGAUAUGAAUAGCUCUAGUGACUCUGACGAUGGUUCACACAAGUUAUUAACCACGAAGGAAAAUGUUAAAAAGCAUAAUUUGGAAGAAGAUAAUUACGAUGAGCAAAACGGACAUCAUGAUAGAGAAAUAAAGAUAGAUAAUGAACUAGAAGAAGAGGAAGUGAUAUCAACAAGAAAAAGACAGCAUGUAUUUAUCGAUGAGGAUGAUUGA